ACUGGCUUUUUUGUCCCCAGGCUUGUUUAGCUCGACGCAGCCAGGAUCGGCCGCUGGUUGGUGCCUAGGCCCGCCCGUUUUGAUUUUUCUUCUUCUGGCUGUUAAGCUCGCCAUGUCCGUGCCCUUGGCCGCUCACAGGAACAACGCCGAUGGGUCUGGUGGCCUCGCCCUACGACCCCAGCAAUUUGAUCCAACGCCUAGCGGCGCUGGUGGCUUUCACGAGCAGUAUCACCAACACCGUCCUUUAGGGCGCGAGGUAGCAGCAGUAGGAGAAGCAGAAGCAGAAGCAACCACAGCAGCAACAACAGCAGACACACCUGCUGCUGCUCGUGGCCACGAGACGACGGCACCUCUCCCUCCGUCCACAUACAAGCCGCCGCCGCCGCCGCCGCCCUCCCCACCGACGACAGUGCCCACUGGAGCUGGCCUGCAGGCAGUCGCGGCAGGGGGCCCCAUCCCAAUCUCCGCCUGCGCUGCAGCCGCUGCGGCUGCCUCCACUGGCCCGCACGGCCCAGAGCCAUCAUCCCAAGCGUCCUCGCGGCUGGCCCCGUCCGAGCUCGAGCACGCCCCCAGGUCCAAUCCGUCGCCGCCCGAUUCCCCGCGACCAUCACUGCAGUCGCCCGCCGAGCCAUCAGCGAGCCGGCCGCCGUCGUCGCCAACCACCGUCGACGACUCGUACUUCUCCCCAUUCCAGUCGCCAACAAGCCUCCAGCAGCAAUUGCGCUGCCGUGAACUGUCCACCAAGCCCAAGCUCCAUAUCCCCCGCUCUCGGCUGGCCAGCAGGCAGAGCAAAAGCUCUCACCAGCCCUCACCCUCCUCCACCUCCACUUCUGCCGCCGCCACAGACGACGACAACACCCCCGUCGUCCCAGUCGCACUCCGGACGCGGGCUGCCCCCAACACCCAUCGGGCCAGUCCUCGCCAAGUCACACGCCCUCCUCUGGGAUCCGAUCAGAAUCCCCCGACACCCACAUCCCCAGCCGCCGCCCUCCCGGGAUCGCCUGACGCGCCUCCGCAGCCGCCGGCCAGAUCCAGCGCGCGGCCGUCCGUCGCGUCGCCCGCACCACCGGCAACCCCUAUCUCCGCGCGCCCUCCCGACGCUGCCGAGUCGGACGACGACAGCCACGACGACAGCCACGACGACAACGACGAAGCAGCCGACUCGUCGGACGCCGAUCAAGAAUCGCGCUCCUCGGAGGAGGAGUGGACGCUCGUGACGCCGCAGUCGGUCGAGCUGACGCCGGCCAAGGGACAGCAGGUCCGCAUCGCCGCGCCCCGCCGGGGAUCCGCCACCAUGAUGAUGCAGGCGGCGCAGAAGCAGCAGCCGCCGGCGGCGGUGGCGCCCGCGCAGCGCCAGGCCACCAUGGACGCGCAGUCGCUGUACGACGGCCAGGGGUGGGGGAGCCCGCAGCAGCAAUACGUGCAGCACAUGGCCCAGGACCACCAGAUAUACGUCCAGCAGCAGCAUGCCCAUCAGAUCGCUCAUAAUCAGCAGGUACAUGCGCAGAACCAGCAGGCAUAUGCACAGCAGCAGCAACAGCAGCAGCAGCGACAACAACAACAGCAUUAUCAGCCACAGCCACAGCAACAGCAGCAGCAGUCGCCGCCGCACCAGCCGCACCCGCAGCAGCAAAUACCGCAGCAAGUACCGCAGCAGUAUGGUCAGCCUAUGCAACAAUACCAACAACUCCAGUACCAGCAGGCGCCGCAGCAACAACAGCAGCAACCUCAGUUCCAGCAGUUCCAACCCCAGCAGCAGCAGCCCCAGCAGCAGCAGCCCCAGCAGCAACAGUUCCAGCUGCCGUCGCAUCAAAUUCAACAGCAACAACAAAGUAACCGCGAGGGCGGCCCAGAGCGCCAGACAUCCUUUAUUGGCCUACCCCUAAUACGACGCAGCUCAACUUUUGGCGCAUCAUUGGGCAGGUCGCAUGAGGAUUUCAGGGGCAUCACUGGGACACCCAGCCCAGAUCCUAGCCAGGGUGGGCAAAAUCUUUCUUCUCAUGGGAUUAACAAUGGCAACAGCAAUGGAAACCGACCUCCGUUCCCCAACAUCCCCAUUCCGCCGAUUCCCCAAGACCCCGAGCCUGGCACAGGCACCCAGCUGAGCUACACGCAGACGCCCUUGAACACCUACCGGCCGCAGUUCCCCUACAACCCGCCGGGCCAGACGGGCAACUACCAAAUACAGUCGCCUGUUGGCCAGCCGGGCAACUAUGUCGAAGGCGGGUGGUCGUUGCCGACGCCAGUAGCGACGAACCCACCACCAGGCCAGUCGUUUGGCGGGCGACAACAGCCCCAGCCUCAAAGACUGGAACUGCAACAGGCCCAGCCGGCCGCACCAGCGCAACAGCGGACAAACGCGGGUCCUCCACCCAGCAUGAACACCGCGGGCAACGGCGCACCUCAGAAUACCCCUAGCCAGGAGACACAGCCGCCCGUCAAGCGUGUUCCUGUGUUCAACCCUCCGAUCAACAACGGCAACCCAGUCCAGAGACUGCCACCGACCGGCGCCGGGGGGACGGGCUGGAAGCUGGAGGAAUCGCGUCUCUCGGAGCCCCUAGUGGUGAGGUCGCGCCCCUCGGGAAAUAACUUGGGAGACCAGUACGCCCUAGACAAGGAGACGGGCGCGCCGAGCAGAGUAUCAACAUCACCACCGGACUCGCCGGCACGCCUGCCCCCUGGGAGCAGCCAGUCGGCAGCCUCAUCGGUUCCAGGACAGCCGCACCAGCUACAGCAGAUGCAGUAUAUGCACCAGCAGCCUUCUUCGCCCGUAUCGCAAUUUAACCCCCAGCAGCCUGCUCCUGGUCCCCAGCCCAUCGCGCAACCGGCGCAACAGCAGGUCAACACCCUGUCCCCCUUGCAGCCUCCAAACCCACACUUUGUUCAUGAUGGCCUCGGUCGUGUUAGAACUAAUGACUCGACCCUUUCGGGGUCAGAAGGCCGCGCGUCGAGCUUACUGGGCAACCUACGCAGCAAGUUCCAUAGCGCCGGGCCUGACGGAGCACAACCGGGUGCUAUCAGGACUCAAGGUGACAACGUCUCACUCGCCAGCAUCGGGAGCGGGGAUCUGCCGAGCAGCCCCAAGAAAAAGACCCGCAAGCGUUCGUCGCUGUUUGGACUGAAGGGAGAUGGUGCGAAGGGUGAUGAUGCGCCACCAAGCAGCAAGGAGAGCAUCAUCGCCCACUCCUCGCAUAGCGCAGAUCCCAGGCAGGCUCCCGCCGUGCCGGAGAAGAAGCAGGGGUUCUUCAACCGUGUCAGCACUGGCCUUGGUGGGACUUCGAUGGAGCAGCCACCUAGCCAGCCGCCUCGUACUCAAACGCAACCAGGGCCCCAGCCUACCGGGUUCCCAGGAGAGCCCAACGCGCAGACUGCAAUGCCUCAACAGUUUGGUAUGCCGCAAAUGCAGACACCGACGCAGAUGCAGAACCCCGGUCUGCCCCGCACUUCGACCUCGGAGGUGGCCCCGAACGGCAUGCCACAGCCUCAGGCCGACCAGAUGGGUCAGCCUACGCACCGCUUCAACAAGCUGACCAACUUCCUCGGGGGCGGCGGCGACGGCAACAAGCACCAGCACCAGUCUCAGGUGCCAGCUCCUAGUAUGGGGAACUCGCUUCGACCUGUCCCUGAAGGCCUACCCCUGAGCCAGUCUCCGUAUAAUUCGGGUCCUCAGCCCGGUUUGGGCGGGCCUCAACCAGGCGGCCCUAAUCAGCAGCAGCAACCAGUUGGGCCUCAGGGACAGCAGCCUACCGGUUCCGGGCAGCAGCAGUCUGCGAUGCCUGUCUAUCAGCAAUCACAGCGCCCGGGCCCGCCGCCUGGAGGUCAAGUCCAGCAACCACAACAGGCGUCACAGCAGCAAAACCCUGGGUUCCAAGGCCCUCAGCCUGGCAUGCCUGGACCUGGCCAGAACGCGGCAAUGCCAGGCUCUGGACUCGUGGGCCCUGCCGGCCGGGAGCGGAGCAGCACGGUCGGCUCACGCCCGAUGACGUCGGGCAUGCCGUCUCAGGCACCCGCCGAUCAGGGGCCGCCUGGAAGGACGUCGAUGAACCUGGCUCCCCAGCUCGCCAAGGCUCAGGCGCCGUCCAUCGCCGAAUCCGACCGUAGCCGAAGGGUGUCUGCCGGAAACAUCCUGUCCGGAAUCUUCGGUAGGAAGGGGCCAAAGGCGCCCAAGGCGCCCAAGGACAAUAGGCCUCAGCCAGGCACCAUGGUGCCCCUUAGACAGUCUGGCCCUAUCAAGCAGCCUCAGCCGCAGCCUCAGGUGCAGACACAGCAACAGCAACCUGGACAGCCAGAUAACAACGCCCCAGGGCCUCGGGGCGCAGGUCCCCAGAGCCCGGGAGGAGGCCAAACGCACAUGGUGAUGGUCAGGACACCUGACGGCCAGACGAUGAUGGUGCAUUCGUCAUUCCUGCUACAAAUGCAGCAGCAACAGCAGCAACAGCAGCAGCAGCAGCAGCAGCAGCUACAGCAGCAACAACAACAGCCACAGGGUGUCCAAGGUCAGCGUCCGAACCCCGUCGGCCAGCAACCACAGCCUGGCGCGCCGCAGUCACAAUCGCCCCCUGCCCAGUGGCCUCUUGGACAGCCACAGCAGAAGCUUCCUGUGCCUCAGCAACAGCUUCCCGUGCCUCAGCAGCCUCCGCGGGAGCAGCUGCCUGUGCAACAACAGCAGAUGCCGGCGCCCAGGCCAGGUCCGGGACAACAGCCCCAGCCGCCCACCCAAGAGCGGCAGUCGCCUCAGCCUUCUGUCGGCUCGGACCACCGCACGCUGCCGUCGCAAAUGGGUCAGGCACAGCCAAGCAGUCCGCUGCAGCCGUCGUCGCCCACGAUCCAGUCACUCCAACAUCCGACACGGAAGCCAGUGGGUUCGUUGCCGCGUGAGUCCGGCGAGGCUGGUAGUCCUGUCGAUAGCAUGGGACGGGCGCGGGGCGUUUCUGUCACGUCGUAUGACCAGCACCCGCACCUCGCCGCCCACGCAUCUCCUCCUCCGCAGCAGGCAGGCCACGUCAGGAGGGUUUCCACUCCGUCGAUGCAGAACAGCCCGCCCGCCCAGCCUGCCAGCGUUGCCGGUCCCCAAGGGACGUCAAUUCCCGAGAACCCCUCGGCCCAGGUCACCCCGUCGACCACCCCUGCACCACAGCAGGCUCUCCAACGCCCGCAAGGCGGGGGUCAGGUUCCUUCGCCUUUGCCCAGUCCCGGCUACCCGCCGCAGGGCGGCAUGCAGUCGCUGCAGUCCACGCCCCAAACGGCUCCGGUGGUCUUGGCAGGUCAGCAGCGGAAUGCUGGACCUCAGCCGGCGCAACAGCCGCCCCAGCCGCAACAAGGCCAAAGGCCGGUUGCCCAGCCUAUGGGCCACCCUGUGGUCAUGCAGCAGAACCCGCACCUCCAGCAACAGGCGCUGCCGGACCAGUCCCCUCCGAUCCCGUGGCAGACCAACAACGUCCAGAACAGCGCUCGGCCUGGGCAGGGCCCCAACGGGACACCGCCGGCGGAGCACCAGAGCACCCUGUCCAAGUUCUUCAAGGGCCCCAAGCAGCCACAGCAGCAAGGCCAGCCCAAGACCAAGAAGAGCAUCUUCGGGUUCAAGUCGUCCAAGUCGUCUGAGCCUCCGGCCAAGUCCGACUCGCCGCCUCUGGGGCCACCGCCUGGCGGUCCGCGAUAUGGCGACAACCCUCCACGUAUUUUCGGGCAACCGAUCAACGGGGGUACUCCGCAGGGCAUUCCCCAGGGCGGUCCUCCCUCCCAGCCCGGCCAGUUCCAGCCAGUUCCGCUGCAGCCCGGUCAAGCGGCUCCGCCGAGCCAGGUCCAACAGCCUGUUCCAGGUCGUCCUUCCCCUCCUCAAGGCGCAGUUGCAAACCAGAAUGGGUCGCCCAACCCAUCCGUCCAAGGGCAGUCUCAGUUUGCACAGCCACCGCCGCAACCGCAGCAGGUACAGAGACUCCAAGGCCAACAGUCGCAACCCAGCGGGCCAGACGGAGCACUGCCGUUCCCUCACUCGCCCGCCAUGUACCACUCACCCGGCGCCGUGCCUCAGCCUCUCUUCCAGGCCCAGCCCAGACCCGGGCUGCAGCAGAAGGCGCCUGCGCGCUCCUCGGAGCCCACGUACGAGUCCGUCCCCGUCCCGGCCGGUUAUGCCAAGGUGCACAGCGAGGGCCGGGUGGCGCACAACUCUCCCUAUCUGGUCAACCAUGGACAGGGCUUCCAGCCGCAGUACCCGGGACAUCCGGCAACGGCCAGCCCGCAAAACACUCCGCCGCAGCCCCAGGGGCCGCAGCAGCGUGCGCUACAGGGACAAUUUGCGGACGGCAGCACUCCCCCGAUGCCCCCGCCGCAACAGUCGACGGGAAGCUACCCACUGGGCAUCCACAGCCCGUCGCCGCCUGGACAGAGCAACGGCCAGUUUGGAGGCCAGGCUGGCGCGUACCAACAACAAAACGCGCAGUUUGCAAACCAGAGCCCGGAAGGCCAGGGUCAGCAGUACCUUGGCCACUCUAUUACGCCGUCCCUGUCGGGUGGCACGUUCAUGAGUCCCUCAAUGAUGGGAGAAAAUGCUUUCAACGGGACCCCGCCACAGCAGCACGGCUCUCACCACCAUAGCUCGCAGGGUGGCUCACCGGCACCGGCAACCUCGCCAUAUGGGCCACCUCAACAGCAACAACAGCUUCCUGGGCAACAACAACCAGCCCAUGGGCACACUCCGCCUCCGUCGUCCGCAGUCAGCAACGUCGCACCGUCCGGCGCUUUCCAGCCUGGCAGCGGACGGCCGUCACCAGCUCGCUCGCCUGAGUCUGUGCAGACGGCAAAUUCGACGCCACCGCCUCUGAUACAGCACCCCGGCUCUCCUCACGGCUACCCUCUCCCGACCUCUGCUACGACCUUUUCGCCCGUCAACCCUGCCGCGAGCCAGAUGCCGAAUCCGCCACUGCCACAGGCGGGAAUGGCCGAGACCGCGCCGGGUUUUCCUCACCAGCUGUUGCAAAACACACAGCCACCGCAACGGCAGCCCAGUAUGGUCAGCCAUGCCUCGUCGGUUGAGCAAAACGGGUCUGCGAACAUUGUCUCGCGGAUGGUCAGCGGUGCAGGAAACGAGGGCUACAGCAGCAUGGUCGUCUCGUCUAACGAGACGUCGCCCGCGCCGGAGCAGCACGCGAUGAUGCGGCCCAUCAACCCACAUCAGGCCAACCAGGUCCGCGGCGCCGAAGAGGAGAACAUCUACGAUGCAUCACCUCGCCUGCCCGUGACGCAGGCCCCGUCGCCUCCGGCAAUGCAGGCUCCUGUAAUGCAACAGCACCAGCACCAGCAGCCCGAGACAUCCCGCUCCAGAACCGCAUCUCCUCCCACCCAGGCUCCCCACGUCGCGCCGGUGCCUUCACAGCCGGAGCCGGAACAGAAGACCCUCGGGGCGGUCGUGAUCCCACCGUCGCCCGGCAGCGAGACGCCGCCCUCGCCUAUCGACGAGGAGCACCGGGCCGCGCUGCGGGCGGCGGGCAGCGAGGCGGACCGGCAGCACCUGAGCGUCGAGGGCGGCGAGCUCGGGCGCAAGCCGACGAUCCGGGCCACGUCGGCGGAGCAGUUCGAGGAGGCCAAGCGCAGGCAGCUGCUGCGCGACCUCGAGGAGAAGAUCCCCGUCGUGAUCCAGGAGGACGAGCCCCUCGCGGCGCCGCACAGGGAGGAGGACGGCGGCGCGCCAAAGAUGAGCGCCACCAGCUACCCGGGCCAGGAGUGGAACCCGUACGGCGACUUUGAGAACUGGGAGGAGUAGUUUUGGGGUGUGUCUGAAUUUUUUUUAUUUUUUUGUUCCAUUUGUUUAUCUAUAAUGUCCAUGUGUCUACCUCAUCUCCCGUGUCCGUCUAUUCUGCCAUCUGCUCUCGCCGUCUCCUUUUCUGUUGCUCUCCCCAAAACAAAAUCUUUGAUCACAUGAUAUCUUCACAACUAUUCACCCCGCGGCCGCACAUAAUCUGCAUAUAUGCACUGCCCGUCGGGCGUGGCUGCGUUUCAUUUGUCUGGUUCUAGUGCUAUUUUGUGUAUUUUGAUGAAGGAAUAAUGGAUAAUAUACAAGUAGCUAAUGCUCGAGAUGUGCUGUCCAGCAGAACCCAAUUCCCGACGUGUAUGUCUCUCCU